AUGCCAUUAGCAAUCUCUGGUACUUUCAACUUUAUGAUCGUAUUCCAAGUUGAGCAUAACAUCCUUAUGCACCCAUUUCACAUGUUAGGUGUAGCUAAAGUAUUUGAAGGCUCCCUAUUCAGUGCUAUAUAUAUGGUUCCUUGA